AUGCUUGGUGUGCCCGAAGAGGGCUUCCCGGCCCUGGUAGCCGGAGUCGUGGGUGUUGCGGCAGCAGUGGUGUUUGUUCUGAGUGGUGCUUCAUCACAACCGACCUCCUGGGACAAAGAAGCCCGAGAGGAGGAGACAGAGCCUUCCGUGCAAGCGACCGAAGGCACGGAGCAGGACAAGUCAGCUGCGGAGGGACCGAAGGGACCGGCAGAGGACAGGCCGCUCGAUUUGAGGCUUCGACAAGGGAAAUUAAAGCCGGAAGAAGAGGCCAAGUUCCGGCAGGGAGUGGCAAAUCUAUCGCCAGAAUCGAAAAUGGCCAUAAAGGAAUGGAUGCAGCUGACAGGCGAAGGCGACACCUGGGCUUUGCUGGGGUUGAACUGCAUGCUGCUGAUUUUCAUCGCAGGGUUGCUGGCGCUUGUAGCAGCGGCCAUCGUAGGUGGGCUCCAAGUCAACAUCUUCGACAUCGACGUUUGGAGAUUCGCGGCUGCAUCCUGCAUUUGUCGGAAGGCUGCGUAG